CAUGCCUCCAUUUUUCACUCGCCAACUGUCACAUGCCGACGUUUGUCUUUUAACAGAAUCGACUGAACGAGCUGCGUUUUAACAUCAACACGCUGCGUCUGGCAGCCUUUAUCUAAACGUAGAUAAUCCAUCAGGACUCAGAUACAGAACUCUGAGGAGUGUUUCUAUCUUCUGUUAUUUCUGUGAUCACAAUCUUUAUCUUUUCUGCUCUUUAAUCUUUUUAGAACGCUAACUCACAGAAACACUGAUAUUCCUGUAAUAAUCCUCUAUUCUAUAUUAUAGUAGUGUUCAGUAGCAGCCGGUGAACGACAACACGCCUGGGAUUCAAAUGGCUCCGGUUGUUUUUCCUAAAGAGACGAGGUACCGGCCCAUUCUGGAGAGUUUGGUACCCCCCGACCCCAUGUCUCAGUUCCACCUGAGGAGAGGCUCACCUGACGACGAGUUCCCCGACCUGUGCAGGAACUCCACCUGGAUGGGACGGAUCCUCACGCCCGCCAUGUACCGCCGACAGUUUUACCGCUGCACCCGGAGUGGAGUCAUCUUUGAUGAUGUCAUCCGCCCCGGACUCGAGGAACCAGGUGAUUGGUCGGGUCCUGUAUCUGUUGGUUGUGUCGCUGGAGACGCUCAGUCCUACGUCCUGUUCUGUGACUUCUUUGACCGAGUGAUCGAGGCGUUUCACGGACACAAGGUCACCAGCCAGACGCCGGAGAACGACUUCAACUACGACAACUUGAAGGGGGGCGAUGACUUGGACAGGUCGUACGUGGUCAGCUGUGAGGUGAGCGUCAUUCGAGGCGUUGAAGACUUCAGCUUUCCAACACACUGCAGUCGAGGAGAGCGCAGACAGCUCCUCUCACUGGCCAGCAGAGCUCUGCAGCAGCUGCAGGACCAGCACCCGGGUCGCCUCCUCUCUCUGGAGGACCUGAACCAGGAGCAGGAGAGGGAGCUGAACCUGAACCCCCCGUCUACCUCCCAGCUCCGGACCGGCGUGGCCCGGGACUGGCCCGACGCCAGGGCUGUGUGGGUAAGCGAAGAUGGCAGCCUGGUGGUCUGGAUCAACAUGGAGGACCACCUGAAGCUUGUGUCGACGCGAGGCGACGCCAACAUGGCCGAGGCUUUUAGGACCGUCUGUAUGAACCUGCAGAAGCUGGACGCCGUCUACAGAGCGCUCAAACACCCGUUCAUCUGGAAGCAGCAGCUGGGCUGGGUGACGAGCUCCCCGGCUGACGUGGGGACGGGUCUGAGGAUCAGAGUCCAGCUCAGACUACAACACCUCCCCCGACACAGACGCGUGGAGGACGUCCUGAAGAGACUGAGGCUCAGUAUGGACGGGACAGAAUCCCCGGUGCUGUAUCGUGUGAGCAACGUGUCGACCUUUGGCGUGAGCGAGGUGGGACUGACCCAGCUGGUUGUGGACGGCGUCAAACUGCUCGUCGCCAUGGAGAAGCGGCUGGAGGGGGGCGGGGACAUCGAUGACCUCGUCCCUACGCAAAAGUAGAUCUGGAGGUGACGGGCUGGCGUGAGGAGGCAAACCGACCGAUCAGAUGAAAGUAAAUGACGUAGAGUGGCUGGUGAUGACCUCGUCCAUUUUACUGACCUUCACUUUGUGAUUAAAAAACAACUCGAGCUGAAAGGGUUAAUUUGAGUGUUUUUAUUUGAAAUGAAUCCGUCAUGGCUACACAGGACGUCUGCUGCUCUCCUCUUCAACGUUUCUUUAAGUGCUACAACAAACAGUACAAGGGGAGUCCGGGUUAGACCCUGACCCGGGACAGCCAGAGACCUCCACACCACGGAAUCACACAGAACUUCCACCAGAUACGUGUGCGUUACCGCUCCGCUCCGUUACGGCUCCUCCCACAGACGGCAUUCUCAGAGCGCAGCACGGAGCAGCGGCUCCGGACAGCUGGAGUCACGAGGUAAUAACAGAAUCACGCCCGACAGCGCAAGAUGAUACGAUAUACGUCUAAAACUGUACAAACAUCAACAGAUCUGAACCUUGUAGAGUCUUUUAUU